UGAUUCGAAGCUAGCCUACCAGUUUGUAUUCUCCCCACGUGGUUUCUUUGAAGUUGUUUGUCAAAAGAGACCUCAUAGAUAGUUGAUUUUCUCGAGAUUUAAGUCCAGUAUGAGUGGAAAGGCUUUCCCCCCGGAAUUGAAAAAGUACAUUGACAAGAGACUUCAAUUGAAGCUGAAUGGUGGACGCACAGUGACAGGUGUGCUGAGAGGGUUUGACCCCUACAUGAACAUCGUCAUGGAUGACACUGUAGAGGAGAAAUCCAAUAAACAGAAGUCAGAGAUUGGAAUGGUGGUUAUUCGUGGAAACAGUAUAGCGUUGAUCGAAGCCCUGGAGAGAAUAACGUGAUUCCUGAAUCUUUGGUAUGUAUGCCGCCCAGUGCAUUAGUGAACACAGAACUCUUGCAGUUUAUGAUUUAAUAGUUUGGUUUCACACGCUACUGUGUCUCAUGUUUUAUCGCGUUUUGUGCAGUGUUGUUCUGGUAUAGUUGUCCUGUUUAAUUAACUCUUAUGGUUUGGUUCAUUGAUUUAUAUCAUUAUCGUAUACCUG